AUGAGUCUCUUCUUCAACUCGGAAACGAUGCGUUUCGAGGGUACGAUGCACGAACCGAAGCGAAAUCGUAACGUGUUCCUGGACGUGAAGCCAAUCCCCGACGAUACGGCGAUCGUCAACACGUCCGGACAGGGCAGACGGAAUGCGGCCCUAUUUAACAAUCGGGUUGGUUUCCCACCGCUAACACCGAAGGAAGCGUUUGUGACUACGGCCGCCACCAACCAAAUCUCUUCUCCGCAGAACAUGGUGUACGAGAGCUCGAAACCGAUCUACUUGGUGUUGCGUGCUAUUGGAGUGUUUCCGUACACGCGUCUUGCAUCGGGCGAGACCGCCUUCAUCCUGGCCUCACCCGCCAUGGUGUACUGUGUGAUGUUUUUCCUGCUGCUCACCGUCUACAUCGCCUUCAUCCUGCUCAAUCGCAUCGAGAUCGUGCGGACGCUCGAGGGACGCUUCGAGGAGUCCGUCAUUGCGUAUCUGUUUAUCGUGAACAUCCUGCCGCUCCUGAUCAUACCGCUGAUGUGGUACGAAACGCGCAAAGUGGUUUCGGUGGUGAAUGGGUGGGUCGAUUUCGAAACGGUGUACCGGAAAACUUCCGGCCGUGCGUUGGAGCUGAAGCUCCGUACCAAGGCGCAGGUGGUUGCCAUCUUGCUGCCGAUCCUUUGCUCGCUCUCGGUUGCCAUCACGCAUGUGACGAUGGUGGACUUUAAGCUGCUGCAGGUCAUUCCGUACUGUGUGCUUGACACGAUCACCUACAUGAUGGGCGGGUACUGGUAUUUGGCGUGCGAAACGCUCAGCAUUACGGCGAAGAUCCUGGCAGAAGAUUUUCAGCGAGCCCUGCGCCACGUCGGCCCUGCUGCCAAGGUGUCCGAGUAUCGAUCGUUGUGGUUGCGGCUGAGCAAACUGGCACGUGAUACGGGCUUUUCCACCUGUUACACCUUCACGUUUAUCUGCUUGUAUCUGUUCUUCAUCAUAACGCUCUCGAUCUAUGGGCUGAUGUCGCAAAUUUCGGACGGAUUCGGUGUGAAGGAUAUUGGGCUGGCGGUGACUGCGUUCUGUAGCGUUGGGUUACUGUUUUACAUCUGCGACGAGGCACACUAUGCAUCGUUUAAUGUGCGCACCAACUUUCAGAAGAAGCUGCUAAUGGUUGAGCUGAGCUGGAUGAACACGGACGCACAGACGGAGAUCAAUAUGUUUCUACGGGCAACCGAGAUGAAUCCAUCCAGCAUUAAUCUUGGUGGGUUUUUCGACGUUAAUCGGACGCUUUUCAAAUCGCUGCUCGCGACCAUGGUGACGUACUUGGUGGUGCUGCUCCAGUUCCAGAUCAGCAUUCCGGAUGAGCCCAGUGCUAUGCUGAUGCAUAGCAACACGUCCCACACUUAG